AUGCCUCGCAACCGCCUUGUGGCUGCUUGUACUGCGGCGACUACUAGAGGCACUCUGCAGUCUCACGCGCUGGGUGUGUCGCUAUCCACCACGCCUCGAUCAUCGGUUGCGUUAAGACUCGCUAGGCCACUUCUCGGCAUUCCCACUAGCCGAGGUGGUCACCACUCGCUGCUGCUGACCGCGACGCGGCGCUACACAAAUGUGCUCUAUAGGCUGCCGCCAACGCAGACAAUUCCGACGCACUCCCCAUCCGGGGAGGAGGUGGACACGGAGCUGUUUGUUCGUCAGGUCAAGAGCUUCUUUGAGGUACUGCGGCAAUCACAGCUGAUUGAGCGGUUCUAUGAGAUGAAGAGCUGCCCCUACUACGAGUGCCUCUUCACAAACGACCUCUUCUUCCAGCACUACGAUCUGAUCAUUCCGAUGCCGAAGCACGGGCGGGAGCACCGGUCAGCCGAGAUUAGUGAAACCAUCCGGUAUAUGCGUGGGUGGGGUGCUACUGGUGACGUGAACCACGUACUGCAGGACGUGAAGGGCGGCCGUGCGAGCGGUGGCGACUUUAUUUCAACCACUCACGGCAUACUGAUGGGCUACGGCACAUCGCGUACGAACAGGCUGUCCAUGAUGACCUUGACCGGCGCCGUUGCGCCAUCGGAGGCGGCAGCCGAGCAGACACGCGCCUUGUGUGUGGAGCCGGUCGAGAUGCUGCCAGAGAGUCCUCCCUUAAGUGAUGUGAUCGCCUUUGCGGGGCAACGCACGUUUGUCAUCAGCGACACGGAGCACGGCCAUAACGCGGCGCAGCAGGCGGUGAAGCGGAUUCCAAAAGUGCCGUGGCAGAUUAUCAAGCUAGAGCCCGGAUGCUGCUUUUUUUCGCACCUGGCCGGUGUGAACUACGUGUACGAUGUCCUAUGUGAUCAAGACUUUCCCCUCUCGAUGGAGCGGCUAGGCGAGUCAGGCAUGAACCCGUUCCCUGUGGAGUGGUCGGAGCCUCGGAAGCUCGGCAUUACGAUGCGCAGCAUCUGCAUGACGGCGCGUUUCGCGCGCGGUACCAUGAACGCCGGCGGCUACGCGAAUAGCAGAGGUCACAGGGCUUCCAGCUUCAACUACCACAGCCGCGAUAUCGCCAAAAACUCCCGCCUGUUCGUCGGUGGAAACCGCAAGCAUGGCGAUCAGUUGUCUCCCCUGGCGGCCCAGCUGGAGGCGGACGAGAUUCAGAAACCGGUGUAUCAACCCAUCCCGCGGUACGCGCCACCAAUGCACCGGCGAGGAACGGUAGUACCCACCGAGUCGCCCGAGUAG